GCCGCGGGGUGAGCGCGGCUCCCCGCCCCGCCCCGCACCCCCCUGCCCGCUGCCCUCCGACGGCGGUCCUGGGCUCUGGGCCUGGCUGCGGCCUUUGGUCCGAGCGUGGGCCCGGGGCCGCUGGGAGGAGCCCGGACACGGCCCGGCCGCCAGCUCCGCGGUCCCGCCCUGCCCUCGGGCUGCCCCGCUGUCUCGCUGCUCCCUCGGCCCGACGAUGCCGUCCAACAAAUCCGUGUCGGACGCUCCCAUCGCGCAGUUCACCAACUGCCGCCUCCUGCGGGGCCGCCGCCUGCAGCGGGAGGACCUGUGGGUGCGGGAGGGGAAGAUCCUCAACCCCGAGAAGCUCUUCUUCGACGAGAAGGGCUCUGCCGACGUCCAGCUGGACUGCAAGGGCUGCAUCCUCGCCCCGGGCUUCAUCGACGUGCAGAUCAACGGAGGCUUUGGGGUGGAUUUCUCCCUGGCUACGGAUGACUUCAGAUCAGGGAUUGACCUGGUCGGCCGGAAAAUACUCUCCCAUGGAGUGACCUCCUUCUGUCCCACCCUGGUCACAUCCCCUCCAUCCGUGUACCACCAGAUUCUUCCCCAGAUCGAUGUAAGAAAUGGUGGAGCUCACGGAGCUGGUGUCUUGGGCGCUCACAUGGAAGGGCCAUUCAUCAGCAAGGAGAAAAAGGGGGCACAUCCAGAGCACUGCAUCCGCACCUUCGAGGAAAAUGCCUUCCAGGACUUGCUUGCCACCUACGGGUCCCUGGACUGCGUCCGGAUUGUCACCCUGGCCCCAGAGAUCAAGAGGAGCAGUGAGGUGAUCCGGGAACUCACCAAGCGAGGCAUCUGUGUCUCGCUCGGUCACUCGGUGGCUAAUCUCUCCCAGGCCGAGGAGGCUGUGCAGCACGGUGCUACCUUCAUCACUCACCUCUUCAAUGCCAUGUUGCCGUUCCACCAUCGUGACCCCGGGAUUGUGGGGCUGCUGACAAGUGAUAAGAUUCCUGCUGGGCGGAGGGUCUUCUACGGCAUGAUCUCUGAUGGCAUCCACACCAACCCUGCUGCCCUGCGAAUCGCCCAUCGAGCCCACCCCAAAGGCAUGGUGCUGGUGACGGAUGCUAUUGCUGGCAUGGGGCUGGCACCGGGUCGACAUACACUGGGCCAGCAGGUGGUGGAGAUCGAUGGGCUGAACACCUACAUUGCAGGCACAAAGACCCUGAGUGGUAGUGUGGCAACCAUGGACACGUGUGUGCGACACUUCCUGGAAGCCACAGGGUGCUCAGUAGAGACCGCACUGGAGGCAGCAUCAUUGCAUCCUGCCCAGCUCUUGGGGAUUGAAGACAGAAAGGGGACUCUGAAUUAUGAUUCUGAUGCAGAUUUCCUGAUGCUGGAUGAUAGCCUGCAUGUGCAAGCCACGUACAUCGCGGGCGAGGAAGUCUGGAGACGGGAUGCCUUAGGCAUGUGACACUGGGCUGCUCCGUGCCUUCCAAGGCAUCCUGGCACUGUGAUUAGCAGCUUUGGUAACCACCCCACUUCUUUUUUUUCUUGUUUCGUUUUGUUUUGUUUUUUUCCCCUUCCUUCCUGCAACUCCCCUAAAGGAGCCUCAUACCAAAGAGCUGUGUUUUCCAGCGCAACCACUGCUUCCAGUUACAGCCAUGCCUGCAAUGACUCUGUUGGUGCUCAGUUGGUGGAGUGGGGAGAGCAGUCAGAUCUGUGUCAGGAGGGAUUGUCAGUCUCUGGAGAGACCUGAAAGACUGCACAGCCGUCCUGUGUGGAGUCCCCAGACAGAGGUGCUCACGUGUCCAUCUCACAGCGGUGUGAAGCUGUCCCAGCCUUCGCACUGUUAUGCAGCACAGCCUGCCUGUGCCUAAGGCAGACUCGAGCCAUGUCCAUCCCUAUCUGUGCUGCCUUGCUCCUGGGCAGCUGUAGCUGGCAGGAUGUCAGCAGCCACCAGUUCAGCUCACAGCUCUUCCCAUUACAAAGUUCCUGUUGUGUCGGUGGAAGCUGAGGACCACAUUCUGACCAACCCAGCGCUCCCUCUUGUGUUCUCUGGAGCGAGGCUGGUGCAGCUCACUGACUUGGUGCCAUUGCGGGGCUGUGAAUCAGUGUGGGCUGAAUCCUCAGGGCAGACAUCAAACCCAGGAAAACGAGGCAUUGCUGGUCCUUCGUGCCUUUUUCUCCGCAUGGGCGUGGAGCCCACAGCAUGUGAUUUUCUCUGCGGACAGACACUGUCGUGCCCCGGAAAUCAACAUUCCUCUCAGCUCUGGCUGCUGCCUGGCUGGGUUCUGCAGGCUCGGGACAGCCCUGCAUCCUCCAGCCGUGGGUGCAGCCCUCAGCUGCAGAGGACAUCCAGAUGGGCAGUGGGCAGCUCAGGGCUGGAGGGAGAGCCCCAUGGCUCAUAAGGGAGAACUGCAAACACGUUCUGGCCUUUGGAGGCCGUUGCUGAUAGCUCAUUACUCCUGUGCUCAUUAUUGUCGUCUUCAGUACUUGGCUGUCAGCUCUUUCCCUGACAUUUGGGCAUUCCGGGCCAGCACUGACGCCGUUCCGAAGCCUCCCGCGGUCAGCGGGGCCCUGCGCUGCGCCCUGCCUGCUGCCCAGCCGCCCAGCCCCGCGUACAUCGCGCCUGCAGCCCCCGGGAUGGGGCGAUGCGGGAGCGGCACCCGGGACCGCGCUGCAGCGCUGCGCCUCUCGGCUGCCGGCUAUGGGUGGGGGGGUGGAAAAAAAGCGACAUGAAUAAAAAACGUCAUAAAAAA